CGCAGCACCGGGCUCCGUUUUCCAGAAAGGAAAGAUGGAAAAGGGGAGGGAUCGCCCGCGCGCUGACUGACAGUUUACAUAAUGAGCUCGCGAGGAUGCGAGGCAACUAUAUAAACCGCUCGGAGGAAAGCAAGUUUCCCAUUUACCAAGCGCUGCCGGCACCCGCCGAAGGAGGAGCCGUCCCGACGAGGCGUCCCCGUUCCCAGCCCGCGGGCUCUGGAGUUAUAAAGCGCAGGAUUGGCGCCCCGAGGGCACGGCUGCACCUGGAUUUACCUUCCGGCCCGCGGGCAGCGCCGCUCUCCGCGCUCGGCGGAGCUUUUGGGGAAUACAGAACGAGCGGCUCGAGGAUGAGAGCGCGGCGCGCCUGCGGCCUGACGCUGCUGUUAGUGCUUUUGCAGCAGAGCGCGUCCGGCUCCGGCGUCUUCCAGCUGAAGCUGCACGAGUUCGUCAACAGCCGCGGGGCGCUGGCCAGCGGAGAGCCCUGCGCCCCGCACUGCCGCACCUUCUUCCGCGUCUGCCUCAAGCACUUCCAGGCGGUGGUGUCGCCGGGCUCCUGCACCUUCGGCAGCAUCAUCACCCCGGUGCUGGGGGUCAACUCCUUCAGCAUCCGCGAUACGGAGCGGUUCGACAGCCCCAUCAAGCUGCCCUUUAACUUCACGUGGCCGGGGACCUUCUCGCUCAUCAUCCAGGCCUGGCACGCGCCCGCCAAUUACCUGCCGCAAGGCUCGCGGCCGCCGCCGGAGGAGUGGCUCAUCAGCCAGAUGGCCAUCCAGCGGUCGCUGGCGGUGGGAGAGGUCUGGUCUCAGGAUGUGCAGAGCAGCCUGCUGACCCAGCUGCGCUACUCCUACCGCGUGGUCUGCAGCGAGAACUACUACGGAGAGAGCUGCUCCCGCCUCUGCAAGCGCCGCGACGACCGCUUUGGGCACUAUGUCUGCGAGGUGGAUGGCAGCCUGACCUGUCUGCCCGGCUGGACCGGCGAGUACUGCACCAAGCCCAUCUGUCUGUCUGGAUGUGCCGAACAGAAUGGAUAUUGCACCAAGCCUGGAGAGUGCAUCUGUCGUUCUGGUUGGCAAGGCCGCUACUGCGAUGAAUGCAUUCCCCACAUAGGCUGCCGCCAUGGGACUUGUAAAACACAAUGGCAGUGCAUAUGUGACGAAGGAUGGGGUGGCCUCUUCUGUGAUCAAGAUCUGAACUACUGCACUCACCACAGACCGUGCAAAAAUGGAGCAACUUGCAUGAACACUGGCCAGGGCAGCUACACGUGUUCAUGCAAACCUGGCUUUACUGGUGUUGACUGCGAACAUGAGAUCAGCGAGUGUGACAGCAAUCCCUGUAGGAACGGCGGUAGUUGCACAGAUUUGGAGAAUGGUUAUCGCUGCGCCUGCCCCCCUGGCUACUAUGGAGCUCACUGUGAGCACAGUGCUUUGACAUGUAUCGAUUCUCCGUGCUUCAAUGGAGGCACAUGCUUGGAAAAAGAACAAGGAGCCAGCUACACUUGUGUUUGCCCUUUUGGUUUCACGGGGUCAAACUGUGAAAAAAAAGUAGACAGGUGCACAAGCAACCCAUGUGCAAAUGAUGGUAAUUGCUUUUACCUUGGUCAGAUUCGUGUGUGUCGUUGUCGGGCUGGCUUCUCUGGUCAGAAAUGUGAGAUUAACAUCAAUGACUGUGCCAGGAACCCGUGUUCCAAUGGGGGAACUUGUCACGACCUGAUCAAUGACUACACCUGCACGUGCUUGCCAGGCUAUAGUGGCAGGAACUGUGACAUCAAGACUAGAGAUGAAUGUGCUUCGGGGCCAUGUGAGAAUGGAGGCACAUGCUACAGUGGACUUUAUAGUGCCAACUUUGUCUGCUACUGUCCCUCUGGCUUCAUGGGUGGCCGUUGUGAACUACCAGUUUAUUCAGUGCCCAUCACACUUCCUCCUAAACCAGUCCCCUGGAUUGCUAUAUCCAUGGGAGUGGGGCUGGUGGCUUUGCUCAUACUGUUCUGCAUGAUAGCAAUGGUCAUCAGGCAGAUGAGGAUGCACCCACAGCAGGACUUGGAAACAAUGAACAAUCUGUCUGACUUCCAGAAGGACAAUCUCAUUCCAGCUUCCCAGCUCAAAAACACCAAUAAAAAUAAAGACCUUGAAGUGGACUGUGGGCUGGAGAAGUCAAACUACAAACCCAAGAAUCAUAAACUGGACUACAAUCUAGUAAAAGAUCUGACGAGUAGAGGGACACAGGAAGAUAAAUAUUACAAAAGUGAAAAGUGUUUAGGAGAGAAGUCUCCACUCCGACUACACAGUGAAAAGCCAGAAUGUAGAAUAUCAGCGAUAUGUUCUCCAAGGGACUCAAUGUACCAGUCUGUCUUCGUGAUAACAGAAGAAAGGAAUGAGUGCAUCAUAGCCACAGAGGUAUAAGACUGAAGAUCAGCCCGUUUGCACCUCAGAUUUGGUAAUGCCAGUAGAUGGACGUUCCUGCUGCAUUGUUUACAAUUCAGAACUGGAUUGGACUGUUUGUAAUUACAUGCAACUUGCUGCUCUCAGGUGGAGGAUGGAACUGGGUGAACUGGACAGACUGUGAAUUUACUGAAAGAUGCAAUAGACUUAUUCAUUCUUUCCGCUCUUGUUUGACAUUUGAUGCCAGAAAUCUCACUGGCUAUAGAUGAAGGGAGGCAGAGGGAAGAGAGAGGGGUUAAACAUGUUAACUUUCGAUUUGCCUUUGAAAGAUACUGAGGCCAGUUCCUCAUGGACAGACCUGUGGCUUUCCAGAACUUUGGUAUGGGAGGUGCUGGUAGGUGAGGAGGCACUUAACUAUCACAGAUGUUGCCGUGGAAGGUGUGAAGAAAGGUGCAUUGCUGUGCAGAUAAUGGAUACAGUAUAAAUGAGGUCUCCACAUUUUUUUUUUUUAAUGGGUUUAAAAGUGCCUAAAAUCUGUCAAGAGAAUCUAAUGAGCCCAAACAGAGACUCGACUGCUCUUCUUGCAGUUACCUGAGCAGUAUUGGGCAGGGGUGAUUGAUACUUCCUGCUACGUGUCCAUUUGCAUCUCUUCUCUCCUGCUGCAUGUACUGGAGACGAUUCAAGGGGCAAGAGGAGGAAGGAAAGAGGGGGACUAAAUUUACAUGUCAUUGCAUUUGGUGAUGCUCUGGAGAACUGAUUGAUCCAAGCCACAACAUGGGACACAGGAUUUUCCUGGAUUUAAGCAUUUGAGAAGGGAAAGAUGUGAUAAGAAUGUCUACUGCCUGUUUCCCAUUGAUAAUGAGGAGAGACAUGAUCCCAAUCCUAUUUAAAGCCUUACAUUUGCG